AUGCCCACAGGUGCAUCAUCCAUAAUACCGGCGGCACCUGCAAGCCCUGCGCCUCAGCGCAAACCGUCAGCGUUCGCUUCUCCUGAGGCGCGGUCCAGGCGCCAUGCCUUAAUUGUUGAGGGCCUGCGUGCGUCCACUACACCUCUCAAUAACCUCGACGACCUCCGCGCCGCCCUUCCGGCCCUUCCGGUCUCUUCACCUACCCUUCCGGCAGCCCAUCACCGACCUACGAACGCCCCUGCACCGACUACGGUGUUCGCCCGUCGAAAAUUUGUGGGUGUUAACCGUGUUACCACUGCGACUCGUCCGUCUUUCAUCCCGCCACUGCCUGCUGAUUAUCCGCUUCCGGAUGCUCCUCUUCGUGCAACUGCAUCUUUGCCACCCCGGGCGAACAAUCAAAACCGUGUCAUCGAUGAAGACUUGCCGCGAAAGGGCAAGUGGUAUGUAGUGGUUGUUGGUACGAAAGUUGGUGUGUUCAGCGACCGGGCAGAGGCAGCAAGAUACGAGAACAUUGUUCCCGCGCCAGUCCAUUGGGAACAAUAUGACGAUGUGCAGGCUGCAGUGAGACGCGCAGAGAGCCUUCAAGUUGGUGAUGUUAAGGUGCAACCAGGCCCAGUCUGUGGACGUAAAUCUCGCUUCAAGCCUGCCAAAAACUGA